CGCAGGGAGCCGCCGGAGAGAGAGCACCGCCACUCCGUGACCAGCGUGGAAAUGUUCCCAAGUUUUGGAAUUUAAAACCAUGGCGAGGAUAUGAAGCCGGAGGACCGCAUGAAUCUGGCUCCCACCUCGUGCCUCUGUGGAUGAUGGUGAUCCUGAUGACUGCUCACAACGCUGAGACAAGGACUGCGGAUCAAUAGGAGUUUUUUUUUCUCCUUCCCUGAUCCUCCUCCUCUCAAGCUCUGUAUCCUUAUUCCUCUGGAGUUGAGCUGAAAAGAAGGAAAAUCCUGACUUGGGACUUGGUAUCAGAGCUCCUCCUCCUCCUUCUCCUCCUCCUCCUCCUCCUCCUCCUCCUAUUUUUUUCCUUCCCCAUCCCCCUAAGUCUUGCCUCUGGACAGCGUAGAUAUGUGUCCCCUAGCUCGGUCAGCGGCUUCCCAUGGCCAGGGGAACUUGUUUCUCCUCUUGGGGCUUUUACUCAUCAUGAGCUCAUCCUUCUCUGGAGGCCAGCCGCCACCCUUCAAACGAUUCGCUCCUCCCGAGUGUUGGCUCACACAUCUGGCCAUUCACAACAAGACGGGUGAAGUCUAUGUAGGAGCCGUCAACUGGAUCUUCAAGCUUUCCAGCAACUUGACCAAACUGCGAAAUCACAUGACUGGCCCAGUGGUGGACAAUGAGAAGUGCUACCCUCCGCCCAGUGUGCAAUCCUGCCCUCAUGACUUGGCCCACACCCCCAAUGUGAACAAGCUGCUUCUUAUAGACUACGCACAGAACCGCCUCAUCGCCUGUGGCAGCACCUCGCAGGGAAUCUGCCAGUUCCUGCGCCUGGAUGACCUCUUUAAGCUUGGCGAGCCACACCAUCGCAAGGAGCACUACCUCUCCAGUGUGGCAGAGUCGGGCACCAUGUCAGGAGUCAUUAUAAGCUCUCCCCAAAGUCCUACCAGUAAGCUAUUCAUCGGAACCCCUAUCGAUGGCAAGUCUGAGUACUUCCCCACCCUGUCGAGCCGGAAGCUGAUGGAGAACGAGGAGAACGCUGACAUGUUCAGCUUCGUCUACCAGGACGAGUUUGUCUCCUCUCAGCUGAAGAUCCCCUCGGAUACUCUGUCCAAGUUCCCAGCUUUUGACAUUUAUUAUGUUUACAGCUUCAGCAGUGAACAGUUUGUCUAUUACCUAACGAUGCAGCUCGAUACCCAGCUGACGUCGCCCGACGCCAGCGGAGAGCAGUUCUUCACCUCCAAGAUUGUCCGUCUCUGUGUGGACGACCCAAAGUUUUACUCCUACGUGGAGUUCCCCAUUGGCUGCACCAAAGACGGUGUGGAAUACCGUCUGGUGCAGGAUGCCUUUUUGGCCCGGCCGGGCCGGGAGUUGGCCAACUCUCUGGGGAUCUCAGAAAAUGAAGACAUCCUAUUCACAGUCUUCUCUCAGGGUCAGAAAAAUCGAGCCAAACCACCCAAAGAGUCUGCAUUGUGCCUGUUCACCCUGAGGAGGAUAAAGGAGAAGAUCAAAGAGAGGAUUCAGUCCUGUUACAGGGGAGAUGGGAAACUCUCCUUACCCUGGCUGCUUAACAAGGAGCUCGCCUGCAUAAACUCGCCGCUGCAGAUCGACGAUAACUUCUGCGGUCAGGACUUCAAUCAGCCUCUAGGGGGCACCAGCACAAUCGAGGGGACCCCUCUCUUCAUCGACAAGGAUGACGGCAUGACCUCAGUGGCGGCGUACGACUACCGCGGCAACACCGUGGCGUUUGUUGGAACACGCAAUGGGAAACUCAAGAAGAUCUUGGUGAACUCCGCCAGUCCGAGCCGUCCGGCGGUGCUGUACGAGAAGGUGACCGUCAGCGAGGCAGGAGGCCCCCUGCUGAGAGACAUGUUGUAGCCCGACCUGCAGCACAUCUACACCCUGACAGACCGACAGGUGGUUCGAGUUCCAGUGGAGAGCUGUGAGCAGUACACCACUUGCGGGGAGUGUUUGGGCUCCAGAGACCCUCACUGCGGAUGGUGUGUUCUUCAUAAUGUAUGCUCUCGUAAGGACCGUUGUGAGCGAGCGGGGGAGCCUCAGAGGUUUGCCUCGGACCAGAGGCAGUGUGUGGAGCUGACGGUUCAGCCCAGGAACAUCUCCGUCACCAUGUCUGAAGUGCAGCUGGUCCUCCAGGCCCGUAAUGUGCCCGAUCUGUCGGCGGGGGUCAACUGCUCCUUCGAGGACUACGUGGAGACAGAGGGACGGAUCCAGGGUGGACACAUUUUCUGCCUGUCUCCGUCGGUGCGAGACAUCGCCCCGAUCACCAGGAACAAAGGUGAGGAGUGAUAGCGGGUGGUGAAGCUCUACCUCAAGUCCAAGGAGACGGGGAAGAAGUUCGCAAGCGUCGACUUUGUCUUUUACAACUGCAGUGUCCAUCAGUCCUGCCUUUCUUGUGUGAACGGCUCCUUCCCCUGCCACUGGUGCAAGUACCGCCACAUGUGCACCCAGAACGCCAACGACUGCUCUUUCCAGGAGGGACGCGUCAACGUCUCGGAGGAUUGCCCCCAGAUCCUGCCUUCAACCCAGAUAUACAUCCCGGUCGGGGUGACGAAGCCAAUCACCCUGGCUGCCAAGAACCUGCCCCAGCCCCAAUCCGGACAGCGGAACUACGAGUGCAUGUUCCACAUCCAGGGGGAGACCCACAGCGUGCCCGCACUGCGCUUCAACAGCACCUCCAUCCAGUGCCAGAAAACAGCGUACACCUACGAGGGCAAUGAUAUCAGCGACCUGCCGGUUGACCUGUCUGUGGUCUGGAACGGGAACUUCGUCAUCGACAACCCCUACAACAUUCAAGCUCAUCUGUAUAAGUGCUACGCUCUGAGGGACAGCUGUGGGAUGUGUUUGAAGGCAAACCCCCGGUUCGAGUGCGGCUGGUGCGUCGGGGAGAAGAAGUGCUCUCUGAGGCAGGAGUGCACUCCCCCGGAGAGCACUUGGAUGCACGCCACAACCGGAAACAGCCGCUGCGCACACCCCAAGAUCACCAAGCUGUCUCCUGAGACCGGGCCCAGGCAGGGAGGAACCAUGCUGACCAUCACUGGCGAGAACCUGGGGCUGCAGUUCAGAGACAUCCAGAACGGAGUCCGCAUCGGGAAGGUGACCUGCAAUCCGCAGGAGGACCAGUACAUCAGCGCCGAACAGAUUGUGUGUCGGCUGAAUGAUGCGACAGGUUACAGGGUGCAGGAGGCUCAGGUGGAGGUGUGCGUCCGCGACUGCAUUCACCCGGACUACAAAGCCAUCUCGAGCAAGGCCUUCACCUUUGUGUCUCCAUAUUUCACUCGCGUCCAUCCGUCCACUGGCCCGCUGUCCGGAGGAACGAGGAUCACCAUUGAAGGCAGUCAUCUGAACGCUGGCAGCGCCGUCUCUGUGAAGAUCGGGCUGCAUCCCUGCCGCUUCGAGAGGCGGAGCAGCAAGGAGAUAGUUUGCGUGACCCCGGCCGGCCAGGCCCCGGGGCCCACCCCGGUCAUGGUCGACAUCAACUCCGCCGAGCUGAGGAACCCGGAGGUCAAGUUCAACUACACGGACGAUCCCACCAUCCUGAAGAUCGAGCCUGACUGGAGCAUCGCCAGCGGAGGGACCAUGUUGACCAUCACUGGAACUAAUCUGGCCACCAUCAAGGAGCCUAAAAUGAGAGCCAAGUACGGAGCUGCCAAGUCCGAGAAUAACUGCACGGUCCUCAACAACACGGUGAUGGUGUGUCUGGCGCCCUCUGUGGCGGGAUCCGACAAAGGCUUCUCCGAGGUGGGCAGCAGUCCCGACGAGAUCGGCUUCGUCAUGGACGACGUGCGCUCGGUGCUGGUGGUGAACGAGACGUUCAGCUACCACCCGGACCCCGUGUUUGAACCCCUGAGCCCCACGGGCAUGCUGGAGCUGAAGCCCAGCUCCCCGCUCAUACUCAAGGGCCGUAACCUAAUUCCCGCCGCCCCGGGAAACUCUAAACUGAACUACACGGUGCUGAUCGGGGAGACGCCCUGUGUUCUCACCCUGUCUGAGAGCCAGCUGCUGUGUGAGUGGCCCAACCUGACUGGAGAGCACAAAGUCACGGUGCGCGUCGGAGGCUUCGAGUACUCACCGGGGACGCUGCAGAUCUACUCGGACAGCCUGCUCACCCUGCCCGCCAUCAUCGGCAUCGGGGGCGGCGGCGGCCUGCUCCUGCUGGUCAUCAUCGUGGUGUUGAUUGCCUACAAGCGGAAGUCGCGGGACGCCGACCGCACCCUCAAGCGCCUGCAGCUGCAGAUGGACAACCUGGAGUCCAGGGUGGCUCUGGAGUGCAAGGAAGCCUUUGCAGAGCUGCAGACGGACAUCCACGAGCUCACCCAGGAGCUGGACGGGGCAGGAAUCCCCUUCCUGGACUACCGCACCUACGCCAUGAGGGUCCUCUUCCCCGGGAUUGAGGACCACCCUGUGCUCAAGGAGAUGGAGGUCCCCGCCAACGUGGAGAAGGCCCUGACGCUGUUCGGCCAGCUCCUCACCAAAAAGCACUUCCUGCUGACCUUCAUCCGCACCCUGGAGGCCCAGCGGUCGUUCUCGAUGCGGGACCGGGGCAACGUGGCCUCUCUGAUCAUGACGGCGCUGCAGGGGGAGAUGGAGUACGCCACGGGCGUCCUCAAGCAGCUCCUGUCCGACCUCAUCGACAAAAACCUGGAGAGCAAGAACCACCCCAAGCUCCUGCUCAGGAGGACGGAGUCGGUGGCUGAGAAGAUGCUCACCAACUGGUUCACCUUCCUGCUUUACAAGUUCCUCAAGGAGUGCGCCGGCGAGCCCCUCUUCAUGCUGUACUGUGCCAUGAAGCAGCAAAUGGAGAAGGGACCGAUAGACGCCAUCACGGGAGAAGCCCGCUACUCCCUCAGCGAGGACAAGCUCAUCAGACAGCAAAUCGACUACAAGACGCUGACGCUCCACUGCGUGAACCCGGAGAACGAGAACGCCCCGGAGGUGACGGUGAAGAGCCUGAACUGUGACACGGUGACGCAGGUGAAGGAGAAGCUGCUGGACGCCGUCUACAAGGGAACGCCGUACUCCCAGAGACCGAAGGCCUCGGAUAUGGACCUGGAAUGGCGGCAGGGCCGAAUGGCUCGCAUCAUCCUUCAGGACGAGGACGUCACCACGAAGAUCGAUAACGACUGGAAGAGACUCAACACCCUGGCUCACUACCAGGUGACAGAUGGCUCCGUCAUUGCCCUCGUGCCUAAACAGAACUCAGCCUACAACAUCUCCAACUCCUCCACGUUCACCAAGUCCCUCAGCAGAUACGAGAGCAUGCUGAGGACCGCCAGCAGUCCGGACAGCCUGCGCUCCCGAACGCCGAUGAUCACCCCCGACCUGGAGAGCGGCACCAAACUGUGGCAUCUGGUGAAGAACCACGACCACUCGGACCAGAGGGAGGGCGACAGAGGAAGCAAGAUGGUCUCCGAGAUUUACCUGACCAGACUGCUGGCCACGAAGGGUACGCUCCAGAAGUUCGUGGACGACCUGUUUGAGACCAUCUUCAGCACGGCGCAUCGAGGCAGCGCCCUGCCACUCGCCAUCAAGUACAUGUUUGACUUCCUGGACGAGCAGGCGGACAAACACUCCAUAUCAGACUCUGAUGUACGGCACACUUGGAAGAGCAACUGCCUUCCGCUGAGGUUCUGGGUGAACGUGAUCAAGAACCCUCAGUUCGUCUUUGACAUCCACAAGAACAGCAUUACAGACGCCUGCCUGUCGGUGGUGGCUCAGACCUUCAUGGACUCCUGUUCGACAUCGGAGCAUAAACUGGGGAAGGACUCGCCUUCCAACAAGCUGCUGUACGCGAAAGACAUCCCCAACUACAAGAACUGGGUAGAGAGGUACUACUCUGAUAUAUCACGGAUGCCGGCGAUCAGCGACCAGGAUAUGAGUGCCUACCUGGCGGAGCAGUCACGCCUGCAUGCAAACCAGUUCAACAGCAUGUCGGCUCUACACGAGAUCUACUCCUACAUUGUCAAGUAUAAGGAUGAGAUCUUGUCGGCUUUGGAGCGGGACGAGCAGGCGAGGAGACAGAGACUGAGGAGCAAGCUGGAGCAGGUCAUCGACACAAUGGCCCUGACCAGCUGAGGAUCAUCCAGCGCCUCCCUCCUUUUUUCCUCCUCACUCCUCCUCUCCAUCUGUCUCCUUCUCUCUAUCUCUCUCUUCACAAGAAACAAAAGUCCAGACCCCCCCAACAAAACCACAGACGAACUGCAAACGGACCGAAGCAGUACACUGCAACGUGAGGAGGGGGUUCGGCAGAGAUGGGCGGGCCUGUUGUACGCUUAGAUGUGUAUGUGUGUGUUUGUCUGCAGCCCCCGAACUGUGUGUGUCGGCGUGAGAGACGCCGGGACAUUUCCACACGCAAAAAUACACGGAGAAACAUGUCAACUGACAACAUUUGAUUAUCGUGGAUGUUGGUGUUUGUGGUUGUUUGAUUUUUGAUUUUCGGGAGUUUUGUCGUGACGACGCGACCGUCGGGGGGAAGAAAGAAAGAAACAUUAUCAGCCCGGACAGGAAGUCCAUAUAUGGCAUCAUGACAGAACGGACCAAUCUGUGAUGAGCCAAUGGGAGAGAGGAUCUUUCAGUCAUGUGACUCCAACAUUGGUCACAGUUUUAAAGGAUGUUAGGUUUUGUUUUUUGUUUUUUUUUUGUUUUUUUUUUUGUUCUGUUUUGUUUUGGGUUUUGUUUUUGUUUUUUUUUGUAUAAAUGUUAAUCGACUGCCCACUCUCUGAUCUCUCGCCACUUGUAUUACUGCUGAAUUUGCACAAUUUACAGAAACGUUACAAAGCAAGACUAUAUAGAUAUUAUAUAUAAAUACAGCUACGUUUUUAAAGAAAGAUUAGGGAGAAAACAUUUUGGUUGUUUUCUUUUUCAUUUUAAAACCAACAAAUACGAUUAAAAGAAAAAAAAAUCAAACAUGAUUUGACAUUUCAAGGUUUAAAAAAGAAAAACAACGUAGACGAAAAGAAAAAAAAAUCGAGAAAAAAAAUAAACAAAAAAGUUGUACUGUGCCAUGUUUUCUUUGAAUGUUGUUUAGUGCAAAGACAUUUUGUUAGAUGGAAUGUGCUACCGUAUGAUUUUUAAAUAUGCCUAGUGACUGAAAAGAAUUGUUCUGCCCAUCGUGAAGAAGAAGCCGGGCGGCGCGGCCGCCUUCUGCAGUUAGGAGAGUUCAUGGUGUCGCGGUGGUAACAUGAAGUUGCUGUUGUUUUCUUAUUCAGUCGGUGCAAUCUGCUGGUUUCAGGAAGCCAAAUAUUUACUCACAGGAUUGUUGCUUUAUCACAGCUCCGUCGGUGUGCGGCUCCACUCAGCCGAUGCCUCUUUUUUUUCCUUCUUUUUCUCGAGGGUUAACGACCGACCGCUCAGUGGGACGACGGUUUAGCGACGGAACCAUGAAGUAGCUACGUUGCACUCAGUGAAAUAAGGUCGUUUGCCACGUAGCCGCCAUAUCCGACCCAUCCACAGGUCGAUCGUUUGUCCACCAUCGUGUGUCGGCUGCGAUUCGGAGACCACCCCGAGGUCAAGUGGAGCCUCUCAAUCAUCAGAAAAAAGCUGUUCUCGAGCCUAAAGACACACAUUUGUUUUCUUUUUUUAUUUUCCCAACAAUAAACCCAAAUAGAGGAACAGGGAAGUGGUGAUAGUGAGUGUUUUUAUCCACCUCUAACCGAUAUAUUUGAGACACGAGUGCUGGCUGUGCAUCCAUGAGGAGGGUAUGGGAAGAGGCUCCCUCAGCCUGCAGCUCUCGUUUCAAAACUAGCCUAUUGCCAUGUGUGGCUUAAGCUUUUUGUAUUACUGCUCUCUGCAGAGGAUUUCUUUUUCUCUUUUUUGAAGUCUUGAAGUCAUGGUUUUUAACUUUGUGGGGAGAAUUUUUUUUUUCUUUUGCUUGCGGAAAACCAAACUGUGGUCUGUACAAUGUUUUUGUUGAUGUUUCAUUUGUAAAUUGUAAACUUUUUCAUGACGAACAAAAAAGCUGUUUGACUUUUUUUUUUGUUUUUUUGUUUUUUUGGAAUCAGGUCGGUUGGUUUGUUUUUUUUUUUCUCUUUUUUUUCCAACAUGUAAAUUGUACAUUUUUUUUUUACGGUACACGGAAGAUAAAAUUCUCUUCAGUUUGCCUGAAGUUGAAGUACUUGACCGAUCUCGAGGUUUAAUUUUCCCGAUCUCAAGGAUCGAAAUGAAAUUGUUGAAUCAGAUGAGUAUCUGUGUCGUCGUGAUAGAAAUGUGACUUGCUGCUUUAACUCUUGUACCUCUUUUCUUUUUGUUUUGUUUUUUUCUAUCAAACAUUAGGGCUGUCAUUUUAUGCUGAUCCUUCGUACACGACGUUGCUGUCCGACCCACCCUUUUGUUUACAUGUCCGAAGCGUCACACGUCACAGCUUCAUCCAUGGGAAGCUCCUUCUACUGAAUCUCUGUCAGGAUUUCAUAAUUCAAUCUUCAUCUGCCAAAAAAAAAAAACAAUCUGAAGGGACCACUCUGCCCAUCACAGGAUGGAAAUCUCUCUUAUAGCUCGUCGACUGGAAAUCAUGUCGAGUACCACCGCAGAAUAUCAGCUUGGUCGUCUGUCCAAACCGCUUGUUUCCUCCAGUUUGGCGCCGACUCGUGUGAAUCGCAGUAAUUAUAGAAAUGACUGCUGAAGCUUGUGGUGCUGCUAACAGCGAGUACAAUUCACAGGAGAGACGAAUCCUUUCGCUCUCGGAGACGAAACCCAGGUGUCAGGCUUCUUAAACACACUUCAACAUUCUCAAUCCGUUCUCAGGUUCAUGCUCGCUCUGUGUUGCAUCUCGGCUGACUGAAUGACUCGCUGAUGGAGUCCGGCUUGUUGUUUAUCGUCCGCGCGGCUACUCGCCUUUUUAGACUGACCUGGUUUGCAAAUUUUCCCCCCGUCUGCCAGUGUCCAUUCUUCAGUUUGCACUGUGUGUUCUACGACGGUUGACUUGUAUUUAUCGUUGCGUAGAUGGUACAAAGAAUGUCCGAUGUGUCCGGGUGUUUGGGUCUCCGUCGUCUUGGAGCAGCCGCCAUCCGCUGCGACCGUCACGUUAAUGACGGGCUGACUACAUCUCCGUGCCGUUUUCCCCAUCGCAUCGCAGCAAUUUAACAAGUGCAAGUGUGCAACACUGGCUUCAGUGUGAGCAGAUCCAGCAAGCGGUCAUGUUUAAUUCUCAGCUCAUUCUCGCCUUUCCAAACCUCGUUGACUCAAACCAAGUCCCUGGCAUCAGUGCGUUUCAUUUUUUAUUUUUCCCAACUCAUUUCUGUUACUGGAAACUCAAUAGUUGUUUUUUUUUUUUUUUCCUUUCUUUCUUAUUCUUCUUUUGCAAAAUGGAAGUUGCGGAGGAUCCACGGGAACACACAGCAAAUGAAUUUCCGAUGGGGUUGGCGAAAGAAUUUUAAUAUUACAAAUAGCUCUGAUACAUUUUUAGAGUUUCUGACUUGAAGCGACUGUCACAAGUUUGCAGGAUAACAUUCAUUGUGUAAAUAUUCUGUUAUUUCCUAUUUUGCAGAUUUACUACUUGUAAAUAAACACGCAUCAAGGAGAGAUUAAACAUUUUUUGCUAAA